CUGGGGCUGGUGUAUGGCCUUGUGUGCAGCUCCGCCCGGGGUGCGUCCUGGGGCCCCUAACCUGGAGGGACAUCUGCAGCUAACUGAUAUCCAUGGAUAAAAGCCGGGUUUUGACACUUGACCUAAAUGACAGUGGCACGGAUGAAGAACAAGAUAUCUAGAUUCUGCUAUUUGGAAAAAAAAGUAUCACCAUUGCUUUCCAUCAUUAAACGGAGUGGGGGAAGCAGACUCACCGAGCAGUAUUCUACACUUUGCCAACUGACCUUUCCUGUCCAAGAAGGGGAUUGUACAUUGCAGAAAGGCACAGUAUUUUGGUUUCUGACAUCAUGAAGUCGCCAGGAAAGCAUUGCCUAAAUCUGAGCACAGACUGGAAGAUUAGGAGGAAACAAGAAGAAUGUGACAUAUAAAUGGGUGACAGUGCUGAUGGACUGUAUUAUUCCACAGUUAGAAGGACUCGUACUAUUUGUGAUCUAAACCUCUUCUGAGCCCGCGGGUUUGUGAUUGUGGCAGAACAUCCGGGACACAAUGGCCUGCUGGGAAAAUAACAGAGCUCUCCUGACUUGGUUCUAAACAGAACAGUGUUCCCCAAAUGCACUUGGUACAGUGUGCUAAACUGUACACGCUUGGUUCACGUGGAAUCAUGGUUACAUACGGCAGGUCAACAUCGUCUUUCUGUUAAGAUCUUGAAAGAACUACAGACAGGAAAAUGAAUGGCGGAAAGGUGCGUGAUGGAGGAGACAACGAGGUGGUCCCAGCAGCAGUGCAAGUUCCAGUUGGCUGGCAGCGGCGAGUGGACCAAAAUGGUGUACUUUACGUUAGCCCCAGCGGUUCGCAUCUGUCAUGCCUGGAGCAAGUCAAAUCCUAUCUGCUCACCGAUGGAACGUGCAAGUGCGGUUUGGAAUGUCCCCUAAUACUCCCUAAGGUAUUUAACUUUGAUCCUGGGGCUGCUGUGAAACAGAGAACGGCUGAGGAUGUUCAGGCGGAUGAAGAUGUAACGAAGCUUUGCAUCCAUAAGCGGAAGAUCAUUGCUGUAGCUACGCUUCAUAAAAGCAUGGAGACACCACACCCAGCUCUGGUUUUAACAAGCCCAGGGGGAGGGACAAAUUCAGCCCCGGUGGUGCCCUCACGAGCAGCAACUCCCAGAACGGUCAGGAAUAAGUCUCGGGAAGGCAUUAUGAUUUCUGUCAUGCCAGAAUGUAAGAACCCAUUCAAACUGAUGAUAAAAGAUCAUAUAGGAAAUCAGCACGAGCUUCAUUCUGGUUACCCAAGGCAGAGACUGGGCAGCAGUGAUCAUGGACAAAAGUCUCCAUUUCGCGGAGGGCACGGUGGGAUGCCAAGUCCAGCUUCAUCCGGAUCACAGAUCUGUGGAGAUGGGUCCAUUUCUCCUAGGACAGAUCCAUUGGGAAGUCCUGAAGCAUUCACACGGAGCAACCCCAACUUUCAUCUACCACCAAAUUCCAGUCCGAUUCACGUGAACAGGACUCCAGUUUCUCCGCAGUCAUUACUGUUGCAUAGCUCACCGGUGCAGUCAUCUUGCGCAAUGGCCGGAAGGACUAACUUACCACUGUCUCCCACUUUUACGAGUCCAGUGUUAAAGAAAAGCCUUUGUAACUAUUCAGGCAAUGUGGAUAUGUCACGGGCAAUGUUUCACCAUAAACCAGCACAAGGUCCCACACACCCACCGCCGCCUCCUCCGCCGCCGCCGCCACCACCACCUCCACCACCACCGUGUGCACUUCAGAAAAAGCCAUUAACAUCUUCAGAGAAAGAUCCACUUGGUAUUCUUGAUCCCAUUCCCAGUAAACCAGCUAUUCAGAAUCCGAUGAUCAACACUACCCCGUUUCAUUCAAACGUUCACUCUCAGGUACCAGUGAUGAAUGUAAACAUGCCACCCGCUGUCGUUCCUUUGCCAAGUAAUCUUCCUUUGCCAACUGUUAAACCUGGUCACAUGAACCAUGGGAACCAUAUUCAAAGAAUUCAACACCCAGCCUCUACUUCCCUUUCUCCUUCACCGGUGACAUCUCCAGUUCAUAUGUUGGGGCCUGGAAUGGGAAGGAUCGAGGCAUCGCCCCAAAGAUCACGCUCAUCUUCCACAUCAUCAGAUCAUGGAAACUUCAUGAUUCCUCAACUAGGGGCACAGCCUGGUUGUAGUGGAAUGAAAGUUCCAUCGAGGUCACCAAGGCCAACCAUGGGCUCUCCAAGACCAUCAAUGCCAUCAAGUCCUUCAACAAAGCCUGAUGGACAUCAUCAGUUCAAAGACAUCCACAAUCCACUGAUAGCUGGAAUGAACAAUAUAUUAACUCCUCCCAACAACACAUUGUACCCCGCCUCCUCAGUUGCUAAUGUCCCUUUGAAAAGCCAGGCAGGUUUGCUGGGAAUGCCUUUAAACCAGAUAUUGAACCAGCACAACGCUGCCUCUUUCCCAGCAAGUAGUUUACUUUCAGCAGCAGCCAAAGCACAGCUAGCAAAUCAAAAUAAACUUGCUGGUAACAAUAAUAGUACUUCUGGAGCUGUUGUCAACUGCGGCAAUGGCGACGGAACUAGCACUUUAAACACCAUGUUUCCCCCUGCAGCCAACAUACUGUUACCGACGGGAGAAGGACAAAGCGGCCGAGCAGCUCUGAGGGAUAAGUUGAUGUCUCAGCAGAAGGAUUCCCUUCGGAAAAGGAAGCAGCCGCCCGCAGCAGCGCUGAAUAUGCAUAAGCAGCCGCAGUUAGAGAAUUCUGGUAUCCCAAAAUGUGGACCGGAUUUAUUGCGAAAGCAAGGGCAGAAUUCAUUUCCGGUCAAUCCGAUGUCACAGCUUCUUCAAACCAUGAGUUGUCAGAGCACUCACAUGAACAGCAAUAGUAACCCUGGUUGCGAGGGCUCCAGUUUAGUCUUGCCUUGCUCUGCCAGCCAGCUUCAUUUCGCAGAAAACAGUCUGAACUCCUCUGUGCUCCAUACGUCAUUGGCACACAGUAUUCCCAGUCGGGGAGAGGUCAUUCCCUGCCAAAACACAAACUUUCACGGUGGCAGCACUGUUCCCAAUAACCAUCUUCCGGGUCUGAUCAAUCACAUUCAGACUAAUGAAAACUAUGGGAUGUUAUCUCAUACUGGGCCUGCCUUACACCUGAAUCCGCCCCAACAAAGAAUACAGGCACCACCCAUACCAAUGAUACCUAACCGCAUUAUUAACAACUGUAGUCAAAAUUCUGAUGCAGGGAAUCUGCUACCUUUAACAUCAGUGGCCAUUGCCGGCACGGGUCAGCCAGCGAUCACAAAAACAACAUCAGUCCUCCAAGAUGGGGUCAUUGUCACCACCGCGUCUGGGAAUCCACUUCAGAGCCAACUUCCAGUGGCCGGUCCUUUUCCGUUCGUUGGAGCGGAACACCCGGCGCAUUUCCCGCAGAGCACCCCAAACAAUCUUCCGCGCUCUGUCAAUUCGAAUCUCCUGAAUGCACUGCCUAUGCCUUUACCCAUGAACCAACAGCAUCUCCUAAACCAGAACAUAUUGCAUAUGCUCCGGCCUUCUGCAGGAGAAGGUGACAUGCCACCGAUGAACAAUACCUUGAAUAACCACCAUCUGAAUCAUCUUCAUUCGCUGCUGAGCAACAAUCCGAUGUUCCCAUCCAAUCAGCAACAGCAGCUGCUCCAGGGCUACCAGAAUCUACAUGCAUUAAAGGGACAGGGUCCUAUUCCUGGCCCACCUAAUAAUCUAAACCCAAUGGCCUGUUUGUUCCAAAACUUCCAGGUGAGGAUGCAAGAAAACUCAUCAUUACAAAACAAAGAGAGUCAGAUGGGGAUCGGUCCACUACCUGAGAACCCAAACGCCCCUCGACCUCUAUUUUCAGAUAAACCCCCAUUUCCUGAUAAGUCCUGCAGCAUGCAGCAAAGACCAGAGCAGUUGAUAAGUCAACAGCUGAAAGAUGGAUUGAGAGACGGAGACAGCUCGGUGGAUGCUAUUUACAAAGCCGUGGUGGAUGCCGCCAGUAGGGGGAUGCAAGUAGUCAUCACCACGUCUGUAACCAGUACGACGCAGAUGAGCCCCAUUCCAGCUCUCAGUGCCAUGAGUGCCUUCACUGCAUCAAUUGGUGACCCAUUAAAUCUCUCGAGUGCCGUCAGUGCCGUUAUACACGGGAGAAACGCUGGCAAUGCCGAUCAUGAAAUGAGAAGUAGGAACCCUAGAGGGAACCGGGGAAGAAAGAACUUGGAUCAAGGCAAACAUUUGAUUGAUGGAGAUGGAUUUGACUAUUUUAAGCCAUCAGGGUGCAAUACUCCUAAAAAACAGUGGAAUGGGGGUCAGAGUCCCGGAGAAGCAGCCAGGUGGAAGUGUGAAGAGUUUUUGGAUCAUAACGCCCAGCUCCAUAACAAUCCGUGCCCACCAAGACCGGGCAACGUGUCCAUUUUGCACUCCUACGAAGAUGAGCAAUGUCAGAUUCUCAUCCCACCACGGCACUGUCAGAGCGAGAAGAUACUUGAGGAGAACUUCAGAUUCAACCAUUACAAAAGAACUAUGAUUAGUUUCAAAGAGCGACUGGAAAACACCGUCGAGAGAUUUGCACACAUGAAUGGAAACCGGCCGCCGCAACACAGAGGAUUUGGGGAUCUGCUCAGCAUUCCUAAACAAGAACUAGCUAUGGAGGAGCAGUCUCCCAGUUCUUCAAACAGUCUGGAAAGCUCUUUAGCAAGAGACUACAUCCACUACAAUGGAGACUUCCAUGCCAAAGGCAUAAAUGGAUGCGCCCCUAGUCCUUCGGACACUAAAAGCAUCAGUAGCGAGGAUGACCUUCGGAUCCCUGACUCCCCUUCUUCAAAUGAGCUGAUACACUAUAGACCAAGGACGUUUAAUGUGGGUGACUUGGUCUGGGGCCAAAUCAAAGGACUUGCUUCUUGGCCCGGAAAACUAGUGAGAGAUGGCAUACACAACUCAUAUCAACAGAAUUCACAAGAGGGGAAGGUGGAUCCUGAGAAGCUGAAGACACUAACGGAAGGCUUGGAGGCUUACAGCCGGGCCCAGAAAAGGAACAGAAAAAGUGGAACACUAAAUAACCAUUUAGAAGCUGCUAUACACGAGGCCAUGAGUGAAUUGGACAAGAUGUCCAGCACCAUGCACCAGAUUCCACAGAGGGACAGACAGCUGAAGCCUCCCAAACCCAAGAGAAGAAAGAUAUCUAGAUAACAUUGAAUGUGGAGGCAACCAUGCACAUAUAUCUGUAUAUAGGCACUGAUAUUAAUAUAUGUAUAUCAAUAUUUCUAUGAUGACUGAUAGAUAUCACCACCUGGUGUAUAGUGAAACAGUGGUACAUAUUUUUGCAUUCUAAGCGAACGGGGCUUAAGCCAAUCAAGAUCUCCGAAAGAAAACAAAUCGUGAUUGAAGAUGUUUUUUUUUUUUUAACUGACGCUACAGUUGUGAGUUUGGAACGAGUCCUAACGUUUCUGAUACAUUUUCCAUGUGUAUAUAGAGAAAAAAAAAAAGAGGAAUCUAGAAAAUUUCAACGGUGAGAAAUGUAAAUACUGUACAAUAACGGUCACGUACUUAAUGCACACUCUAACUUCUCCUGUACAAUAACUGUAUAAAGGUUUCUUUGGGUUUCUAAUGAACACAGUCAGGCAGCCACAUUCUAUAUGAAUAUAUAGAGAUAUAUAUCUAGAGCGCUUAAAGCAACAACAAGAACCCCCAGAUACAGCCUAACUGUUUUUAUAUGGUUACGUAAGGGGUGCUGUUUUUAUAAUGAACAGCGGAGGACAGGCAUGAUUAUGGGAUAACCCUUACGUCUGACACUUUCAUUCCACGCCUCAAAGCGUCGUAUUUCAGUUUCAGGUCUCUGUAGGAAAGCGAAAUCUGGCAGAAUCCUAUCGUGAACUAGUGCAUGUCAACUGCUCCUUGAUCAAACGGCAAUAAUUUUAUUCCAUA